UACAAGCAUAGCGCACAUUCAGAACUACAUUUCCCGUGAUCCACUUCGAGGGGACGACCGUAAACAGAAGAAAGCGGAAACAAAAGAGGUUUUUAUAAAAACACAAACACGUCCCGGCUGUCGAAGUACUCAGGGAACAAACUACAACCAUUGACUUGGGCAGCAAUAAUCCUACCAACACGAGCGAGGAGUGAGCACGGGAGCGGACUGCGUCAGUUAGCAUGGCACUGAAAAGAAUACAGAAGGAGCUGCAGGACCUGCAGAGAGACCCUCCCGCACAGUGCUCGGCUGGACCAGUGGGGGAUGACAUGUUUCACUGGCAGGCAACAAUAAUGGGCCCGGGUGACAGUCCGUACCAAGGAGGAGUUUUCUUUCUCACAAUUCACUUUCCUACUGACUACCCGUUCAAGCCACCAAAGGUAGCAUUUACAACAAAGAUUUAUCACCCAAAUAUAAACAGCAACGGCAGCAUCUGCUUGGACAUCCUGCGGUCACAGUGGUCUCCAGCACUGACGGUGUCUAAAGUUUUAUUGUCCAUAUGUUCAUUGCUGUGUGAUCCAAACCCAGAUGACCCCUUGGUGCCUGACAUAGCUCACAUCUACAAGAACGACAAAGACAAAUACAACAAACUAGCAAAAGAAUGGACCCAGAAGUACGCCAUGUGAAGAAGAUGAGCACAGCGCAAAAACGACAGGCUGACAUUUAGUUUCUUUCUUUUCCCAUCUGUUUUUUAAAGUCAACACGCACUGAAAUUAUAGUACGAACUCAUCAAAUAAUCCUACUUAACUUCCACCAAACUGAACUGUUGUCAUCGUUAUUAAUCCGAGGCCGAUAACAUCUACAUUACUUUGGGGGGUUGUUUUUGUUUUUCCUGAAAAGAAGCCGGACUCGGAGCAGGCCACAGCCUGCCUGUGCGCACUCAGUGGAUACUUGGGCAUUUUUAACGUUUGGCAUGUUAUUAUUGCACCACGGACGGUUCAUUUGUGACAUUCAUGAUUAUUACAGAUUGUUUUCUUUCCUUUUUAAGUACAAGUAUAAAAUGAGAGGACAGAAAUGCCACCAGAUGCCAAACGGGAACAAGCCCACGUCAGCUGUGCUGUGAACGGAGAUCAGAAGGGCCGCAGCAGGACGUCUUAGCUCGACUCCUGUGUUACUUUACCUAACAAUACUUUUGUGUUCCUUACAUUAUUACUGUAACUGUUGCUGUGUUGAUCCAGUCCAGUUGGACACAGCCAAUUAAGGCUAAUACUUCAUUGGCUGCAGAGAGGAGAGAUGAUGAGGGACAGCGUGGAGCUGCUGGCUGUGAGCACAGCUGGAUGUAGCUGCUGAGGCUGUGCCUGAUGUGUGGUUGUUGUUGGCUGCUUCUUUGUCUGAGCUGAUGGUGCUGUGGAUCUUUCCAGGUUACUACUGAAAUCAUUCAGUUAGCUGUUCUGACAGUAAGCAGCAGCAUGCUGUUGGACACCGACCUAUUAGCAUGUGAGCACCGAUAGCAGGACAGUCGCGUCAUGUCUCCUUCCUGUCUAAUUGUCCCUUACAGCCUCUGUAGACGAACCCCUGGUACAGAUCACACAGAAUGUAAUGCACGGUGUGAGACAAUGCAGAAGUAUUGCAAAGAAAUGCAAAUCCCUUUUCUGUAAUACAGGAAAAAGUCCUGGAAAACUUUGGAGCACGAGCUUCAGGCGGCUCCGUCAUCCACCUUUCUGCUUCGCGCAUCAGCAGCCAGGAAGAAACACUGAAGGCUGAAUGUGAAAUAUGUAUGGCCCUCCAACAGACAACAGUACUGACUGAUACUAAUGUUCUCUGUUCGUCGUCACUUCAUCGAUGUGCUGGCUUACGGAGGAGUCUUGAUGUCGGUGUAGCAGACCAAGUUGAUUGAAACAAUGUACUGUGGCAGUGGUCCUGAAAAUGGGAGCGACUUCUUAUGUGUUGCUGUUUUCUUCUAUUGUUGUUGUUAUUAUUAUUGUUAUUAUUAUUGACAACACCUAUAUUGUAUUCAGUCUGUUUGGAAUGAUUUUUUCUAUUUGAACUCAGAUUGGAGUCAUCACAGUGUAAAGCUCUCAUUAAAAUGAUGUGCUCUUGUCCCCUGAUCGUAGCUGUGACGUUGGAUUUCCACAGGUACAACAAUCAGGCCUUCAGCCCAGUGAGAAGCUUUUUUACACUGUCCUCAUUAAGCUGCACUCCAUCGUAACAAAGGCUAAACACCCUGCUUUUUGUUCCUGUGUAAAGUUUUCUACCUGUGUCUCUGAGGCCCAUGUGGCACAUUUUGUACUGGAUUAAAGAAUAGUACCGUUACUAUCAUGACAUGAUUGUGUAACUCUGCUUUAUGUUGACACGAGCAACACACUUUGUAUGUGGUGCUCUUAUUGCACUUUGCGCUGUGUGCUGGCAGUGUUACAUGAAACUAGAGAAUAUAGAAGCACAGUCAAACAUACUGUGCAAAAGUCUUAAGCCAACAUCCG